AUGUCAACGACAUCCUUCACGUCGAACAGAGAAACUUUUAACUUCAGCAACGGCGGCUCGAACGUACAAAGGUUCAAGCCCAACCCGAACAACCCAUUGCACGCCGGUGACGCUGCAGCUCGUCAAACCGCCGAGGGCAAUUUGGCCGUCGGACAAGAGAAGACUGUGAAGACUUCGGGAAUAGCUGCCGCUAGGAAGGCCCGUAACGUCAAUGGUCGACAUAAGGAACAAGGCGGGCUCUCGAACGCGAACGUGGCGCUAUAUCGCCCAUCGACGGCCGACCCACACAGCCAGCAGCAAAGGCAAGACGUUGGUUACCCCUUCUCGAACAGCAACAGCUUUGGGAUAGGAAGGAGAACAACGAGCUCAGGGUCUUAUCCUCCUUCGAAUCCUCCUGUCGUGGCCCCUACUCCAAAGCUCCCUGCAUCAGUCUCGCCGCUCUUGACGAAAAGCCUCAGCAGCGCGGACAGCGACUCCCGCCCAGGUGUAAUCGACAACUUCAAGGUUCCAGAACUGCCAAGUGCGCUCCCUGGCCGCGACAAGCCCAUCUCUUCGCUUUUGAGUGCGCAUAUACCCAAUGGAAACGAUCGAUCUGGCACCGAUCACCUGCUGGACCGCUCUGACGCGUCGUUCCACUCACGCUCUACCAGUCGACAAUCAUCUAGGACUCCCGAUACUUCUGGUUCUUCGGCUACACUCUUUGAUCAUGACUCCAGCCUCUUGAGCGAGAAGAGCGUCGACUCUAUUGGCUUCAAACUUCCCGGUUUGACCAACACCAGAGGCGACGGUGGUCCCCGACGCGUGGCACUAGGCAGCAAGAACGGGCAACAUCAAGGCCCUCAGCUUGAUCCAGAAGGCUUUUCUGCAGCUGGACAUGUUAUCAAUGAGAAUGGACGCGUCGUUCACGUUGCUGGCAAGAAGAGAGGCCGAGGUGAGGUCGAUGAUGACGAUGUCGGUGCCCAACGGUAUCAAGAGCGUGUUAAGCGGAUGAAGUUGAAUGAUUUGCAAGACGACACUAGGCGGCGUGCUCAGUACGACGAUCAUCCUGAUCUCUAUCACGAUGAACGAUCGGAGCAAGAAUCGCUCGCCAGUCGCCCGUUGUCUGGCAGCAAGCAUCCCUCUCACCAACAUUCUCGCCAAACACAAGAGUACACUCGCCUACAAAGCAAUGAAACGUCGACCCUGGACGCAUUGUUCGGUGCUGAUACUGACGCUUUCAUCAAGGAGCACAUGGACCAGUAUGACCGUCUUGUAGAUCAAUGGACGAGAUCUACGGAGGAAGAGUGGCUGGCUGGCGCUGACGCAUUGAUCAUGACAUACACUGGCAUGCUCGACUUUAUCAAGAACCACUUCCUGAACAAAGUCAAGUUCUACCGUUCCCUUCAUGCACGAAUGGAUGCCCAAGAUAAAACUUUGGAGGAGCGGGGACGCUUAUUGGUGACUGCCAAGGAAGACUACCGGAAAGGCGUAGCCAACGUUAUUCACCUCGUGUAA